AAGCGGUUGUGAGGUAUUUUGAUACUAGACCUGGAACGGUUAGAUCGACAUUUCACGAUACCACGUUUUUUUACUGCCACUGCAUCCUGUGACUGCAUCUCCUUGCUUUGACGGGAUUAGAGUGAAGAGUAAAGGUUUCUGAAUUUGUCCUCUUAAUUGCAACUACGGCUUACCACCUGGAUAAAUCGUUACUAUAUAAAAGCACAGGAUGUCUGAUAUUAGAUUUGCUAACCAGAUGCGUGCAGGAUCCAUGGAUGAGGAGGAAGAGGAGGAGGAAGAUGAAUUCGACAAUUUUGAUCUCCUGCCCCUCCUGACAGAAAUCCAUAUUGAAGAUGAAGAAAACCACAACACCGAUGAAGAAAUUGAUGAUAAUGACAAUGACAUCCAUAAAAGUGUUCGCUUUGGAUCCAGUCCAGUCAGUUUUCAGUCUAACCAUAACAGGUCCUUACAUCCAAAUUUGAAAAUCAGUAUGCCGAUGGCAAUUCAUGGUCGUCCACAACCAGUUCGUGUACAAAAUGAAUUCCGGUCAAGCUCUUGCCCUGGGCCUAUUCGAAUCACACCACGUACAUCUCCCAUGACCAAGAAAUGGAGAAUGGCUUUUUUUAAGAUCAAGAGUGGUAGUUGGGAAGAUCCAUGGGCCAAAUUCAACUUAGAAGAUCUAGAGACAGAGGUUGCUACCAGACAUAGAUACAGCGCUGUCAAGAAAACAUGGGUUGUUGAUGAGGUCUGCGUUAAAAUGGAUAAUAUGUGCUUUGCUGCUGGUGCUAUGAGAAAAUGUUUCAGAAUGAAAAAGUUAUCUAACUUUGCAAAGAAUAAUAACUGGAAGAAUGCAUCUAACUAUGUUGCUAAACACUACAUUGAGUAUGUGGACAGAGAUGUUUAUUUUGAAGACGUCAAGCUACAAAUGGAUGCCAAGCUCUGGGGAGAGGAAUAUAAUAGACAUAAUCCACCAAAGAAGGUUGAUAUUUUUCAGAUGAGUGUUUUAGAACUCUCGAAUCGUCCCGACAAGCCACUGUACCAUCUUGAGCACUUGAUAGAAGGGAAGUAUACCAAGUAUAAUUCCAACUCUGGAUUUGUGGGAGAUGACACGAUUCGUUGUACCCCGCAGGCAUUCAGUCACUUUACAUUUGAAAGAUCUGGUCAUCAGUUGAUUGUGGUUGAUAUACAAGGUGUGGGAGAUUUGUACACUGAUCCGCAGAUCCACACAUCCAAGGGAACGGAGUACAAUGAGGGCAACUUGGGACCCAAAGGAAUGGCUCUGUUCUUUCAUUCCCACGCGUGUAACAGAAUAUGCAAGAGUUUGAAAUUGACACCAUUUGAUACAUCGGAGAAUGAAAAAGUUGUGCAACAGUCUUUGGUCAGGCUGCAGAAUUCUGCUGCUACUAUGGUGCGUGGAUCAGAAGAACAGUGCGUGAGCCCCCGUGUAUCUGGCAAUAUUGACAUGACUGGCUACAUAACACGUCAACGCACUCUUUCCAUGAACUCUACUGACUCAUAUGACUCACGUAGUCCUGAUAACAUUCUCUCGCCCAUUUCACCAAUGUCACCAGGCAGUCCUGAUGACAUUGAGAUGUAUUCUCCACCUCCUAGUCCAUUUUCAUUCACACCACGCCGUAUGCGCCAUGAUAGUGACAGCGGCACACUAACACAGGAAGAAGAGAAAAGAGCAUUCUAUGCUAACCAAAUGCACCGUCCUUCCUGUGUUGAUAUUGAAAUGCAGUUGCGCCAAUUGAUGAAUCUACGCAAAAAGACUGGUGGUUCCAUUCUUGGACAGGUACAUCUGGAAAUUGCCAAGUAUCAUCAGAACGGGCGUUUUUCCAAAUCAUUGACUGAUGACAGAGAUUUGGAAUCUGCUUUGUUCCAUCUGAAUCAAUCAGCAAAUUGUGGUGUAUUAGAAGGUAUCAUAGCUGUGAGUCACAUCUAUCUACAGUUACCAAAUGAUGUCUUACCAGAGGUGACUGUAAAGCAAUCUGAGGAGAACACCAAUGUCGGUAUGGAUUACAUGGAGAUGGCUGCAGAAGCUGGUGACAGAGAAUGCAUGAUAUACCUAGCUAAAGCAUAUGAAUCUGGUGAUGGACUGGGCACUAACAGAGAAAGAAGCUGGAAGGAAGCCGUUCAAUGGUAUGAAUCGGCUGUUACCAUGGCAGAAGAAGAUGAAAGUGGAGAGUACAAUGCUACUAUGGAUAAUCCAAAUCAUCUGUUACAAGCUAAACUAGCUGAAAUGUUCAGAGAAGGAGGCUUUGAGUUGGAGAAAGAUCCUCAAAAAGCAGGAGAUCUAUAUAAUGAGGCAGCAGAGGCAGCUAUGGCAGCAAUGAAAGGAAGACUGGCUAACAAGUAUUACAUGUUAGCAGAGGAAUGCUAUGGCGAGAUUUCAGAUGACGAUGCUGAGGGAGAGUAAAAAAAAAAAUGGUGACGAUGACGACGCAAAUGGCGGGAAUGAUUUGGGGGAGUAUCCAACAGACAUGUUAGUAACCUGAAGGGCAUAGGCAUCCACAAUCCAGUGUAUUU